CAGUGCUUUUAACUGCUGAGCCAUCUCUCUGGCCCUGUAGGGCAUUUCUUAAUGGUUGAUGGGAGAGAGACCAGCUCACUGUGCAUGGUGCCCCAGCCGUUGUCAUUUUUAGACAGCAUCUCACUGAAUUGCCUAGACUAGGUUGACCUUGUAAGUACGCUCUUACUUAGAGAUGUCUCACGGUAUGGCCCUGGCUGACUUUGGACUCACUCUGUAGACUGUUGUAGCAUUGUCCUCACAGAGAACCAUCCACCCCUGCGGGGACGGAGGUGUGCCCAUAGCCAGCGAUGGCUUUGCUUUAGCCUCCUGAAUAGCUGGGAUUACUGCACUGUCUCACACAUGUGACUUUCUGGCCACUUUUGAGCCAUCUCACCUGGACUUUGUGGGCAGCUCCUCCCUCGCUGUGCAGCCAUAAUGGGUUAGAAAAACUCCCUGCCCAGAAGCAGUUAAUAGCAAACAGUCACAAAACGGUUUUAAAUGUUUAAAUUAGAGCCUUACAUUUCUAGCCUUGCCUCCCCUCUCCCUCACUCCACCCCCAUCAUCUCAGAAGAGGAUCUGACACAACGUUGGAAACGGUGCAGAGUGAGCAGGUGGGUCGGAACCAGAUGAGUUGAAAAGAUGGAAAUUGCCAGUCAGACAUUUUGAGGAAGAAUGGAGACAACUAGGGCUGUGUUCUUAAAUCUCCCACCAAAGUCUCAAUUUGAAUAUUGUGCUAUCUUAUUUUUGCUCCCCCCCCCCCAAAGUCAGUCAGAUGAAACUAAACACUUAGCAGCUAUCCACACUGGCAUAUGAUACUGUAUGCACACAUUGUGCAAAAUGUAUCCUUCCUCCCUAACCCCUCCCCCUUUUCAUCCUAUCCCUGACUCCCUCCCUUAUCCAGAUUUUCCAGCCACUGCUGGAGUCGACUUCCGCAAUCCUUACCGAAUAAAUCUAGCACUCUUAGUCUUCCGUUCACAGUAGCCACACUUCCUGUCUGAAAGGAGCCUAGACAACAGAUUCUCAACAGCAGGAUGUGGGUGUUCAAGUUUCUGCUGCUACCCAUGGUGAGCUUUGCGCUGUACCCGGAGGAAAUGCUGGACACCCAGUGGGAGCUAUGGAAGAAGACCUACCAGAAGCAGUAUAACAGCAAGGUGGAUGAAAUAUCUCGGCGUUUAAUUUGGGAGAAAAACCUGAAGCAAAUCUCCGCCCAUAACCUUGAGGCCUCUCUUGGUGUCCAUACAUAUGAACUGGCCAUGAACCACUUGGGAGACAUGACCAGUGAAGAAGUGGUUCAGAAGAUGACUGGACUCAGAAUACCUCCCUCUCGAUCCUACAAUAAUGACACUCUCUAUACCCCAGAGUGGGAAGGCAGGGUCCCAGACUCCAUCGACUAUCGAAAGAAAGGAUACGUUACUCCAGUGAAGAACCAGGGCCAGUGUGGUUCCUGUUGGGCUUUCAGCUCUGCCGGUGCCCUGGAGGGCCAACUCAAGAAGAAAACUGGUAAACUCUUAGCUCUGAGUCCCCAGAAUCUUGUGGACUGUGUGACUGAGAAUUACGGCUGUGGAGGCGGCUAUAUGACCACUGCCUUCCAAUACGUGCAGCAGAAUGGAGGCAUUGACUCUGAAGAUGCUUACCCAUAUGUGGGGCAGGAUGAAAGUUGUAUGUAUAACGCCACGGCAAAGGCAGCUAAAUGCAGAGGGUACAGAGAGAUUCCUGUGGGGAGUGAGAAAGCCCUGAAGAGAGCAGUGGCGCGGGUAGGACCCAUCUCUGUGUCCAUCGAUGCAAGCUUGGCAUCUUUCCAGUUUUACAGCAGAGGUGUGUACUAUGAUGAAAAUUGUGACCGUGAUAAUGUGAACCAUGCAGUGUUGGUGGUGGGCUAUGGCACCCAGAAGGGAAGCAAGCACUGGAUAAUUAAAAACAGCUGGGGAGAGAGCUGGGGAAACAAAGGAUAUGUUCUCUUGGCUCGGAAUAAGAACAACGCCUGCGGCAUUACCAACCUGGCCAGCUUCCCCAAGAUGUGAUUCCAGCCAGCCAGCCCAUCUCUUCUCAGAUUCCUUCCUUCAUGGUGCAAGAUAAUGGUGGCUUUGGAAGGGAAUGGGCAUGGCACUCCUGAAAGGGACGCAUCGAUGCUAACUAAGAUUGUUUCGUUUCUCCUCUCGUUGGUGCUUCCAGUGACAACUCUACUUCCCUUCUCUCUGCCCAGGGCCCUUUUCUUUGUGGACACAACAGGGCAUUUUUCUGAGAGUUGUGGACUCUGUGCUGGUAGACAUUGGAGUCCUCCAGCAGGCUGGAGGACUAAGGUGACCUUCCUGAGCCCCUGUCUUCUAUAUACACCAGUGAACAUUUCAGUCUUCCGCUGAGAUGCACAAAUCUAUUCAUGAUUCUUUGACAAUUUACAUGAUAUUAAAAGAAGUGUUUUUCCUUCUUUGUAUUUGAAAUAAAGUAUCUCACUUACAAUUUAA